AUGGUGCAGCUGCUGUGGAAAGUUGUCUGGCAGUUCUUCAAGUUCCAGCCAGUCAUUGAGCCUGGGUUUUGGAAGCUCCCGCACAUCUGGACCCGCACCAAGGCCUCCAUCGUCUACUCCACGUUUGAGCAGCAGGACUCCUUCUCAGAGGAGCACAGUGACCUGUGCCUGGUGCAGCUGCUGGGAACCGGGACAAACAGCAGGCAGCCCUGCAGCCCCUCCGAUUUCUGCAAGACCCUCAUGACCAGGCCUGGCUGCUCUGGCUACUGCCUGUCUCACCAGCUGCUCCUCUUCCUCUCGGCCAGAAUGAUGGAAUGCACGAAGGGGCUGUUCCGCCAGAGCCAGAGCUACAUGAACCUCUUCUGUGCCAACAUGAUGGACCUGAACCAGAGAGCUGAGGCCAUCGGAUACGCCUACCCAACCCGGGACCUCUUCAUGGAAAACAUCAUGUUCUGUGGAAUCGGUGGCUUCUCCAAAUUCUACAAACUCCAGUGGCUGGAGGCCAUUCUCAGCUGGCAGAAGCCACAGAAAGGAUGCUUUGGGAAGCCACCUGCUGAAGAUGAAGAAUUACCCAAAGCCAUUCAGUACCAACAGCAUCUUUUGAGAAGAGUGAAGAGGCGAGAAAAACAAUUUACAGGAAAACAGGCUCCCAGCAUCACCCAGGAGCCAGGUUGGGGGGCCUUUGUGUUCGGGAGCUAG